AUGCAUCUCCACGAAAAGGAGGGGAUUGGAGGUGGUGACACGCGCGGGUGGCAGCACCAACAGCUACGUGUUCGCGGCGGUGUUACCAUCUUCACUUCUAUCAAGAUUGCUGAUAAGCUCGACAAAGACUUCCUUGAAGAUCUCGCUAUAAAUCAGGCAGCAAGGGAAGCAGAGGAAGAUGACGAGGGUGAUUAUGUCAUUUCAUUGGACGAAAUAGUUCAAGAACCUUUGCUUCCACGUACUAGAAACCGGCCCAAGAGGGAAGUGUAGGCAUACAGUUUCCUGAUUUGCUUCAUUUGUAUUUGGUAUUAAUUGUAUAAUUCAUUAUCAGAGCGUGUGUAAACUCAUAGAAAGAGCCAUCGAACAAUCUAAAUUUGCUUUCUGAAAAUAGAAAAAACAAAGAAGGGUUUUCAUAGAGCUCUUUUUGUUUGUUCUUGGGAAUUAUGUUACAUAGCUUGUGAAUGAAUCAUGAUAGAAAAUUUUAACCAUUUGGUGACAAAAGUUUCAACUCCUUGAAGAAAUGGCUGUCAGUGAAAGAGAAGAAUAUUGCAGUAUACGGUCUUCUUAAGCUUGGUAAGCAACACAGUCAGUGUUUGAGUAAGGAGGAUGAAGCUUUGGAGGUGGAUGACGAUG